AUGGAUGACGAUGACUUUGGAGGAUUUGAGGCAGCAGAGACUUAUGAGUUUGAAAAUGGUGAAAAGCAGACCACAUCCCCUGCUAUUGCUUGGGCAGCAUUUCCUACAGUAUCUGAAGUCCAUAGAUCUCCUGACGUUCUUCUGGAGCGCUCUUUGCCUUCUUCCUGCCUGGUUCCUUCUGCAUCACUCAGUUUAUCAAGUGAUAAUGUGACAACAGCUGCUCAAAUGGCCAACAGUGUUGUGAACCCAGCUGUUCUUGAAGAACAGAUUCAAACAGAUACUCCAGUUUCCUCUUUGAAUGUAACUGAAGACAAGACUUCAGUUUCCUCAGCCGUUGGUUUGAGUGAUACUGAGACACAGAGAACAAAUGAACCGAAGAGCUACCUUCAACAAGCUGUUGCAGACUUUGAGAUCCAGCUUUGCACUGCUGAAGAAGAGAAAUUAAACAUUAAAAAGGAAUUAGAAUAUUUCCUGGAAAAACAUAGUAUUCUAGAAAUCGAUUUCUUGAAGGAAAAAAAAGAAGAAGUAAUUUCACAUCAAGAUCAUUACAAGAUGCUCCAGGAAAAGCAUAAGCAAGAGUUGGAAGACAUGAGAAAAGCUGGACAUGAAGCCAUGAGUAUUAUCGUUGAAGAAUUCAAGGCACUGCUACAAUCUACAGUUCAAAAGCAAGAAGCAGCUAUUCAAACCCAGUAUAUGCUAGCACUUGAAAAACAUUCUCACAAAUGUGAAGAACUUCUUAAUUCUCAGCAUCAGCGACUUCUCAACAUUUUGGAAGCAGAGAAGGAAGUGUUAACAGAAAAGAUAGAAGAAGCUUUAAUGCAGCAGUCGAAAAUACACAAGGAAGUCCUUGACAAAUGUUUGGAUGAAGAAAGACAAAGAAGUAAGGAGGCUGUGGCAGCUGCUGCAAAGGCUGAAAAAGAAGUCAUGCAGGAGGCUGUUCUGAAAGCAGUAGAGGAGGAGAGAAGAAAUAUGGAGAAGAUUCAUGCAGAAGAAAGAAAAAUGUGGGAAGCAGAACGUGACAGACAUAAAGAGAAUAUUGCCCAGGCUGUUUGGGAAGCCAUGCAAGAACAAAGAAAGCAUAAUCAA